AUGCUGGAAAAGGUGUUUCCCCUCUUACUUUGCACAUUGUUCUGUUUUUUCUACCAUCAAAAAUUGGCAAAGCUAGAAGAGAAUGAUGAGCUGCUGCUCGAAUUCAUUCGACCGUAUAUGGGAAAGUUUCCAGCGGAUUAUCUGACAGUUCCACAGUAUAAUCUGACUGCUUGUUAUUAUAGAAAAGCCAUGUCUCAAAUGACGACGAAUACAAUGUGUAUGUUGUAUGAUCCGCAAGGUUUUUUGAAUGGAAAUCAUUCGUUUGGUGAGACUUGGAAAGAUGAAAGGUGAGUCUAGGCUUGGACCUCAAUUUCAGUCAAUUCUAGAUCAUGUGAUCCACACGACAAAAAUGGUUUCGGAAGUUUCCCCGAAAAAUACCACAACACUUCGCAAUACACAAGAUUCGUUUUCAUUCGAGAUCCAUUCGAUAGAUUUAUCUCAUUCUAUCUGGAUAAAUGUAUUCGUCAUCCACAAUGUUAUGGUUGCAAAUCGGAAGAUAUGCGAUGUGUUGUUCGACGAAUGUACGAAAGUUUUUUGCAGAUUUCGAGAGGUGAAAAGGAACUUGUGUCGAAGUUUAACAAUUAUCGAUUUUUGGAUAUUCAUUCAACGCCAACUUCGUGGGUCUGUGAUUUUUUCAAAUUUCGAAAAGUUUAUCACGUUAUGGUUAUUGGGUCUGAUUCCGAAGAGCGGAAGGAACCAAUUUCGAAGUUUGGUGAACUUUUGAAACGGAAAAAUGUUCCGAAAGAGUAUAUCUCAAAAAUUGUUGAUGAUUUAUUGCAAUCUGAAACUAAACAUUCAACGCAUUCUUCGCAAAUUAGAAAAAUCGCGGUUGAAAAAGUUAGAACAGACAAAAUUAUUCGGAAAUAUUUGCAUCAAAUAUACUUUUAUGAUUAUCUGGUUUUUCCUGAAUUUGAUAGAUCACAUUUGGAUCCCCCUUUUAAUGUGAAAAAUGGUCCGUGGGAUGAGAAAUAUCGAAUGGAUUAUGGGAAUAUUAUAAGGAUUCAAGAUAAUUAUUCGAAAUUGAAAAAUUGA